AUGAAGCAUCAAGCUUUCCCAACAGGGUGGUUCUAUAUCCAAGCUAAUACCCAUCCUCAACACGUUUUGACCGUGGUUGACAAGUCGUGGCAGCCAGGAGCAAGGAUCGAGCUGCGACCACCUGCAGGAGAGAAAAAACACCAACAGUGGACCUAUAGUGAUGGUUUCCUAGUCAACCGACUCUCUGGUUGUGUGAUGAGUGUCAAACAAGCCAAGACCAAUCAACCCCUCGUCCAAGGUAGACGACUACCAAAAUAUCAGGCGGAUACGCAACGAUGGCAAUAUGGACCAGAUAACAAGAUCACAUUACAAGUACAUCCAAGUUGUAGUUUGAAUACCCAGCAGGUACCACGACUCGUGGUGGAUGGGGAUGAAGAACAAGAUGGAUGGUCAUGUAUAGAAGAACUUGUUGAACAAGCUGAGAGACUUUCUCUAUAG